UUAAUUAACAAGAUACGUUAAGAUGGUAUCAAGCUGUGUAUAAUAAUUAUAUAGAAAAGCUAAAAUCAAAGAAAUUCUUGUAAAAGUAUAUUUGAAGAGAAAAAAUAUCAUUAAUAAAAAAAAGAUAAAAGAAGAAGAUAAAAUUAAUGACCUGAGUGACAACAUUUAUAGACUAACAAAAUUAUUCAAAAAACAUUAAAAAUACGAGGCAAGGUUGAUAUAUGCUUGUAUAAAGUGAUACGAGUGUAAGAGAGUAUUGGUAAAAAGAACUGUAGCGGUGAAAGGGGUAGAAGAAGAGAAGUAGGGGAAGGGAAAAAGAGAAGGAAGAAGAAGAAUAAGGAAAAGUGUAGGAGAAAGAAGAGUAGAAGGAGUAGGAGAAGGAGGUGGUGGUGAAAGAGGAGAAGGAAAAGAAGGAGGAGCUUAUCUACAGUGCAGAUCGUGAGGGCGCGGGGCCGCGACCCUGAGCCCGAUACGCGUAAUAUUAUCCUGGGCAGAAAGAGAGCCGAACCGGUAGUAGAAUAGUGUAGUUGUGGUAAAUGCAACCGAAUGCUUUGGAAUACUUAUCUAAGAAAGUUUUAUUCGUAUGGAAUAGAAGUGAGGUACCAGGAUAGUUUCAUAUCUCGAGAUAGAUAUCAUUAGAGUGUAUUAAAGGUCAAGAGUUCAUGAUCGGUUAAACAGAAAAGAAAUGAUGAUCUGGGUCUUGCGAAAAGUUUGAUGACAAACUUUGUUUCUUCGUUUAUUCUUUUCUAGAAGAAUAUUUUUCUCAAUCCCUCUACACAAAGAUCUCAAUGUUUGCUCGUGUGCGUAAUCGUUUAUCAAAUUCAAAAAUGCCGCUGUUCGGUAAGAAAGAUUCUAAUAAGAAAAUGAAGAAGGAUAGCAAAGACGAUAAAUCACCAUCCGUCGAAGACAAAUAUAUUUUAAAGGAAUUACUUGGAACGGGUGCAUUUUCUGAAGUAAGGUCAGCAGAAAGUAAAGAAAAACCAGGACAAAUGUUUGCAGUGAAAAUAAUAGAUAAGAAGGCAUUGAAGGGAAAAGAAGAUUCUUUAGAAAAUGAAAUCAAAGUAUUGAGAAGGUUCAGUGAAAGAGUGACACCACAGAGUGGUGAUGGACUCCUCAAGUCGGAUAGUAGUGGCGAAACAGGAUGGCUAACACAUCCUAAUAUUGUACAACUAUUGGAAACUUACGAAGACAAGCUUAAAGUGUACUUAGUUAUGGAGUUGGUUACCGGUGGCGAACUUUUCGAUAGAAUAGUUCAAAAAGGUUCCUAUACAGAGAAAGAUGCCUCAGAUUUAAUAAGACAAGUUUUAGAAGCGGUUGAUUAUAUGCAUGAACAAGGUGUCGUUCACAGAGAUCUUAAACCAGAGAAUCUCUUAUAUUAUAGUCCAGACCCAGAUAGCAAGAUUAUGAUUAGUGAUUUUGGUUUAUCUAAGAUGGAAGAUUCAGGAAUAAUGGCCACUGCCUGUGGUACACCAGGAUAUGUUGCUCCCGAAGUACUCGCUCAGAAGCCAUAUGGCAAAGCAGUUGAUGUUUGGAGUAUAGGUGUCAUCUCUUAUAUUCUCUUAUGUGGAUACCCUCCAUUUUAUGAUGAAAACGAUGCCAAUCUCUUUGCACAGAUUCUGAAAGGUGAAUUUGAAUUUGAUUCACCAUACUGGGACGAUAUCAGUGAUUCAGCUAAGGAUUUCAUACACAAUUUGAUGUGCGUCAAUGUUGAGAAACGCUUUACGUGCAAACAGGCCCUAGCACACCCUUGGAUUUCUGGAAACGCAGCUAGCAAUAAAAAUAUCCAUGGUACUGUAUCUGAACAACUUAAAAAGAAUUUUGCCAAAUCGAAGUGGAAGCAAGCGUAUCAUGCUACCACGGUCAUACGUCAGAUGCAGAGAUUGGCACUCAACAGCGGUCAGCAACAACAGGGCCCAGGAUCAGGCCCCUGCACCGGCAACCUCACGCCGUGUCCCGAUCAAUCGCAAACCAAUCCCAACAACCAUCAGCACAGACCACUGGGACCUCAAAACAACUUCAAUUGAAAGAAACGUUUGAGCCAUCAUUGUCCACACCAAACUUGGUGGAUUUACCGACCUCUUCUCCCAUUCCACUUACUCCUAGCUCUCCAUUCUACUUACGCA